AUGAGCGCCCACCUAGCCCCGCCGCAAUAUGUGCUGUACCCGGGCGCGGCCAGGUACGGGGACUAUUACUGGUUCUCCGCAGGCAGCAUGGACAGCGUGCCCACCGAGGAGGCCCCUGCGCCGGACGUGCUCCCGCUGCCCGCGGCCAAGACGCCCAGUCCCUCAGUUGACUCUCCAGCUUCCUCCAGCUCCGGGACGCUCACGCAGUACCACACCCCCGACUCCGCCACCAGCCCCACCGCAGCGGGGAGCCCGUCUCCCCACUCGUCCCUCCAGAAGGUCAAGGCGCAAGGCAAGGGUGUGGUGAAGACGGGCAAGAGCCGCACAGCCUUCUCGCAGGAGCAGCUGAAAGCCCUGCACCAGCGCUUCCAGAGCCAGAAGUACCUCAGCCCCCAGCAGAUCCGGGAGCUGGCUGCUGCCCUUCAGCUCACCUACAAGCAGGUGAAAACAUGGUUUCAGAAUCAACGGAUGAAAUUUAAGCGUUGCCAAAAGGAGAGCCAGUGGAUGGAUAAAGGGAUGUAUUUACCACAGAAUGGGGUUCAUCAGGCUGCCUACCUGGAUAUAGCACCUACAUUCCACCAGGUCUUCCCUGCUGGUUCCAGCAGGAACUUCCAGGCCGUGUCCAACGUGCACCAGGCUUACAGCAGCGGGCAGACUUACGGAAAUGGGCAGAACCUUUACUCGUUCCCCUCUGUGGAGGAUGAGGGGCUCUUUGGAAAAGGUGGGACAAGCUGCAAUACCCAGCAAACCAUGGGUUUAUUAAGCCAGCAAAUGAACUUCUAUCACAGCUGCUUUGACAAUAUAGAUUACGUCAGCGUGGAGGUUGAAGACACCUUCAACUUCCAGAGCUCCUCUGACACUGUCACACCAUUUUCGAGCUCUCCUAUACAGAAUCAAUGCCAGUUACCUUGGCAUCCCAUGGGGACCCAGAGUGGGUAUGAGUCUCAGGUUUGA